UCAGCUGUCUUCUCCAAAAUCCCCAAAUUCUCAAAUCCCUAGAUUCCCGAAUCUACCAAUCCAAUUCCAAUUCCAAUUCCAAUCCCUCUCCGAAUCAAAUGAGACGAUCCGUGAUCUUCCUUCUCCUAUUCGCUCCCCUCAUCAGCUCUUUCGUCUCCGCCGAUGACACCUCCCUCGCCAAUCCCGACUCCGGCGGCGCCGCUCUUCAGCUCUUCAGCUCUCUCCUCCCGCCUGCACUGAAUAAUGGGGCGCUUCUAGUCACAUUGGACGGGAAGGUGGUUUCGGUGAACCCGAAGACGAUGGAGAUCGAAUGGGCCUUGUCCUCCGGUCCCCGGAUUCAUUCUUCCUAUCGAAACGUUUCGUAUUUCGACAACUGCAGGAGUGAUGAUCACUUUUUCGUUGACAUUGGUGAAGACUGGGCGCUGUAUCGUCACAGCAACAGCAAGGGGAAAAAGAAACUAGCGUCGAGUAUUAGAGAGUAUGUGGCGAGUACUCCGGUAGUUUCGGAGGAUGGAGGAGUCACGUUGGGGUCGAAGAAGACUACUGUGUUUGCUGUUAAUGCGGUGACCGGAGAAGUGAUUCGUAGUUUUAGGUUGGGUGUUGAUACUGCUUCCGCUAGUUUGGGUGUGGAACGCACUGGUGUUGAGGGCUUGGAAACAUCUGGAUUGGUGGUGCUUUAUCUUGAGAGAACAGAUUACAUGCUGCAGCAUUGUACAGCCGAGGGCAAUCUUUUGUGGAAAUUGGAAACUGCAGAGUUUGAUGCUGAUUUUCGAUAUCCUAAAAUUGGAAAUGGGCUUGGUCUAGAGAACAGGCUCAUUGCUAACUCAACAGUGCCUUAUCUGAAGAAGAAGCCCCUUGUCAUCCGGGUUCCUUAUCCUAGCUCGGUGGAAUCUCGUUCUGUAAUUGAGGGUCUAACUGGUGGGUAUAAUGGAGGCAAACCUCUCCCUCUGGAAGGUCCUCAGGACAAUCUUCUGGCUCUGCCUUUUGAGAAAGGUCGUGUACCUCCUCACAACAUCGAAGGCAAAGAAAUGCUUGCUUUGCCGUCUCUUGAACUUGUGGACUCUAGGAUCUUGGCUCUACCUGGUAGAGAUGUUGGUAAACUGGACGUGAAAAGCUCAAUGGUUGAAUCUGUUACUAACUUCCCCAUACAAUCUCUUUUGGUAUUAUUUCUCACCCUGUUAUCCAUUCUGGGAUACAUCUUCCGCUCUCUGACUGGAAAACAACGUAAAUUGAAAGUGGUGUCUGAGGAUACAAAAGCGCAAGCAGUGGCUCCCAAAAAGAAGAAAGCUCGAAGAUUGGGAAAUAAUAAGAAGAAUAACAGUUAUGAGAAAGAUGCCGGAAAUUUUUCGGAUGGAUAUGGUGAAUCUAAUAGACCCGCACAUGAAACAAAAUUGCUCUUGUCGUCUUCUGAUUUUGUUGAUCGUGAGACUGAGGGACGUAGGAUUGGCAAGUUACUUGUUUCCAGUAACGAAAUUGCUAAGGGGAGUAACGGUACCAUUGUUCUUGAGGGAAUCUAUGAUGGUCGUCCCGUAGCUGUUAAACGCCUCGUGCGAACUCACCAUGAUGUGGCUUUGAAAGAGAUUCAGAAUCUUAUUGCAUCUGAUCAGCAUCCAAAUAUUGUUCGUUGGUAUGGCGUGGAGCAUGAUCAAGAUUUUGUUUAUCUAUCCUUGGAGCGUUGCUCAUGUAGCUUGAAUGACUUGAUUUAUUAUUACUCGGAGUCAAUUCAAGGCCAAAUUAUCAACAAGGACGAGGAUCCUCACUAUUUGGCCGAGUAUCGCAUUCAAUUGCAGGCGAUCAUGGGAAAGAACAAGAAUGUUGAAUUGUGGAAGACAAAUGGAUACCCUUCACCCCAGAUGCUAAAACUAAUGAGUGAUCUUGUUUCUGGACUUGCCCAUUUGCAUGAACUUGGAAUUAUACAUCGGGAUCUAAAACCUCAGAAUGUUUUGAUAAUCAAGGGCAGAUCGUUACGCGCUAAGCUUUCAGAUAUGGGUAUCAGCAAACGCCUUCAAGGGGACAAGUCUUCCAUUACCCAGCAUGCUACUGGUUAUGGGAGUUCAGGUUGGCAAGCACCCGAACAACUUCUUCAUCAGCGGCAGACUCGUGCAGUAGAUUUAUUUAGUUUAGGUUGUCUCCUCUUUUUCUGUCUCACUGGGGGUAGACACCCUUAUGGGGAUAGUAUCGAGCGUGAUGUGAAUAUAGUGAACGAUCGGAAAGACCUAUUCUUGGUAGAGAAUAUACCAGAAGCAGUGGAUCUUUUUACUCAUCUAUUGAAUCCCAACCCUGACAUGAGGCCAACAGCCGUGGAUGUGUUGCAUCAUCCCUUUUUCUGGAAUUCUGAGACGAGACUUUCAUUUCUGCGUGAUGCUAGUGAUCGAGUUGAAUUGGAGGAUAGAGAGACUGCAUCUCAACUCUUAAGUUCAUUAGAAAGUACUGCAUCAGUUGCUCUAAAUGGAAAGUGGGAUGAAAAGAUGGAGCCUGCAUUCCUCAAUAACAUUGGUCGCUACAGGCGUUACAAGUUUGACAGCAUCCGUGACUUGCUGCGUGUAACAAGGAACAAGUUAAAUCACUACAGAGAACUUCCCCAAGAAAUCCAGGAAUUAUUGGGGACAGUUCCUGAGGGCUUCGACAGUUAUUUUUCAAGUCGAUUUCCGAAAUUAUUAAUCGAGGUGUAUAAAGUGUUGUACAAGUACUGCAAAGAGGAGGAAUUUUUUCGCAAGUAUAUAAAAGGUAAUCCGGUGUAAUCUGUUGCCACCACACUGCAUUAGCUUUAUAUCCAUGAAUCAAGUUACUUGUGUAAUUGGAAAUGUAUUAUACAAACUAGUGUAAAAGUAAAUUUAUAAGAUUUACU